UUACUUUAUCUCUUUACAAAAUCAACACAAAAUAUAGAGCCCCAAAAAACAAAUUAAAGGAAUCAGAAACUUCUUUUUACAAAGUAAAUUACUCCUUCAUCCACAUCUUCUGACUCAAAAAUGCAUUUCUCUACUUCACUGACCAUUUUCACAUUUUAUUGCUUGUCUUUUUCAGUCAACUCUGCUUAGCCUCCAGCAUGUUUUUCAUAAGUUUUUGCAUUUAUAACACUUCACAUUAUUUUUUGAAGAUUUUUUUACCCUCAUGUUGAGCUCUAAUCAGUCCUAAUGUUGCUCAAACUUGUUCUUUUUUCAGAUUGGUGAUUGAGUUUUUUGAUAUUUUUUGGGCUGAGCUCUAGUUAAUCCAGCUGUUGAUAAAGAUUGUUCCUUUUUCAUUUUCUUGAAGACCCUUUUGAAUGUUCUUGCAGAUUGUGGUAUAGUCUGAUAUGGGGUUUUGAUUUUCUUGAUUUUUGUUUUAGAUCUGUAAUAUUUGUUCCAAGAUUCUAGUUACUAUGGUGGCUGAGCCUUGGCUAAUGAAGAUGAGGAGCAAUGUUAGUGCAAAUGUCAAGCAAGCCCUUUUACUUGAAGCUCCAAAAAAAGGUAAUAAAAGGCAAGAACCUAAGCAAAUUAUUGGAAUUCUUUCUUUUGAAGUUGCUAAUGUGAUGUCCAAAACUGUUAUUUUGCACAAGUCUCUUGUUGAUAAUGAAAUAGUAAAGCUUAAAGGUGAGAUUUUUAAUUCUGAUGGCAUCAAGGCCUUGAUAUCAAAUGAUGAGGUUUAUCUUUUUGAGCUUGCCUUGGCUGAAAAGGUUGAUGAAUUAAACCGAGUGGCUGAGGUGGUUUCGAGAUUGGGGAGAAAAUGUUCUAUUCCUGCGUUGCAAGGGUUUGAGCAUGUGUAUGGGGAUAUUGUUGGGGGAGUGAUUGAAGUAAGAGAAAUGGGAUUUUUGGUUAAGGAUAUGGAGGGAAUGAUCAAGAAAAUGGAAAAGUAUGUGAAUUCAACUGCAAAAUUGUAUGGGGAGAUGGAGGUUUUGGGUGAGUUGGAACAAUCAAUAAAGAAGUUUCAGCGGGUUCAGUAUGAAGAAAGUCGAAGGGCUUUUGAACAAAAAUUGGUGUGUCGAAAGGAAGAUGUGAGACAUCUCAAGGAAAUUUCACUUUGGAAUCAGACUUAUGAUAAAGUAGUGGAUUUGUUAGCAAGAACUGUGUGCACACUAUAUGUGCGAAUUUGUCAUGUCUUUGGCAGACCUGUUAUGAAGGGAGAAUUUGCUGGUAGUUCUAUUUCAGGGGCACGAUUCCAUUUGAAUGGCUCUGCUCAUGUAAAGGAAGAAUGUGGGAUGAAACCAGGUCAAGUUGAUGUAUUACUUGGGAAUUCUGUUUCAGUUAGUAGAGCGCUCAGCAAGACUUAUAGUUAUAAUCACUCAGGCUUGAUGGAGAAAGGUUUGGCAGAUAGAAGAGAGUUGAAUUUCAGACCUGAAGUUGCAUCCCAGCGUGGUGAUGUGUCACUAUUUCGUGCUCCAAGUCAUUUUGCAUGUGGUUUUGGUCCAGGAAGGCUUCUCUUGGAGUGCCUCAGUGUGAGUAGUUCUGCAUCAAAAGUCGAUGACAAUGAUGAUGAUUCUGUUGGAUAUGAUGAUAGAAUGAGUCAAGUUUCAGGUUGUUGUAGCAUUUCUAGUGGAGUGAAGAAAGGUAACUCGAAUCAAUCAGAUUGCUUCAGUCAAUCUUUGCAAAGUAGUAUGACAAACAAUCCAAAAUCUGGUCCCAAGAAUAGGUUAAUGACUUACGCUCCCCAAAGCACGGUUGGAGGAUCGGCACUGGCCUUGCAUUACGCAAAUGUGGUAAUUAUCAUAGAGAAGCUACUUCGAUAUCCUCAUUUGGUUGGUGUCGAAGCUAGAGACGAUUUAUACUCUAUGUUACCAGCAAGCUUAAAAUUGUCCUUGAAGAUUAGUAUUAAGUCUUACAUCAAAGAUCUGGCAAUUUUUGAUGCUCCCCUUGCUCAUGGUUGGAAAGAGAGGCUUGAUCAAAUACUCAAGUGGCUUGCUCCUAUGGCACAUAAUAUGAUAAGGUGGCAAAGUGAGCGUAAUUUUGAGCAGCAGCAGCAAAUCGUUACACUAACCAAUGUUCUUCUGCUCCAGACACUGUAUUUUGCAGAUAGAGCGAAGACAGAGGCGGCUAUUUGUGAGCUUCUAGUUGGUUUGAAUUAUAUAUGUCGCUAUGAGCAUCAGCAAAAUGCUUUAUUGAAUUGUGCAAGUAGUUUUGAUUUCAGAGGUGACAUGGACUGGCGGUCGCAACACUGAGUCUCACAGUAGUUGUUUGAGCUGCUAAGUUUGGAUAUAUGAAGAGUGGUGAGUUUCUGAAGUUCAAAGCCAUCCUUUUAACUUUUAAAUGAUAGUUUAUUCAACACACUGGAGUAAUCAAGAUUCGGAUAUAAAGACAUCUGUUUUCGUAAAAUGGAGUUCAUCAAUGUACUUUGUUGUAACUUGUAAGGCUUAGAAGUUUUAGGCUAAUGUACAUAAUUCCAUUGUAUGAAAACAUAUUAUCUGCCACUCUUGUAGAACAUACAUCAUGUAUUGAAUGAAUAUUGCUAUUCUUUCUAUUAA